CAGGAUGAAGGAGACAGUGAAGAUUCAUGUUUGAGUGAGACUAGAUAUCAACUCUGACAACAAACUGCAUCUGAUGAAAAGGUCGCUGAAAUAAUCGACUUCGUCAAAUUGCAGUAUGGCAAUACAGGACAGCUGAAAUGUGCUGUUUGGACGCCAGGAACAGAGCAGGUAGUCAAAACGGAUUAUUUUACGGUGUUUUCUUUUUCCUACGAAGAAACGAGACAUUGAAUUUCGAGGACUGGCAUAUGUAGCCUAUGAAAUGGUUUUGUUCAUUCAGCAAACGAAGGACGGGAUUAUUAAAACUUUAGAUUUAUUGCAGUGUGCCACAACAAAUAUCGCGUGUGUUUGAUAGCCUACUUGACAUCGGUUUAGACCGACUCAGGGAGAAUUUGUUCCCCCAUACUCAGUGACAUUUUCUUAUUAUAAUACAUCCGAGCUUAUGAGUGCAGUUUUUAGCCCAUCGUUCAUGAUGAUGCAACGUCCAGUGGGAAGCACCACGGCCUUCAGCAUCGACUCUCUAAUCGGAGGUCCCCCGCAGCCAAGCCCAGGACAUUUUGUUUACACUGGCUACCCGAUGUUCAUGCCGUAUAGGUCAGUAGUGCUCCCACCACCACCCCCUCCACCGCCAUCUCUUUCUCAAUCUGCUCUCCAGCAGAGUCUGUCCUCCACACACCCGCACCAUCAGAUCCCCGGGUUACCCAGCAGCUUCUGCUCCAGCCUGGCACAGGGCAUGGCUCUGACAUCCACGCUCAUGGCCUCGCUGCCCGGCGGAUUCUCCGCGUCCCAUCAACAGCAGGAGGCGGUGAGGAAGUUCGCUCCCCAGUCCCUUCAUGCUGCCUUUGAAAAAACUCAGGAAAUGCGUUUGGACGUAGAUGAUGGGAAAAGCUUCCUGGGAAAGGAAUCCGCUCUCUCGUCAUUCCACGAUACAGAGUCUCUGCAGUCUGUCACAGCCCGAAAUCACAGUAAAGAUGAUGGCAAAGAGGACGAGUGUAACCGCAAAGAGGACAGUUAUACCAUGGACAGUGAUCUAGACUACAGCUCAGACGAUAACGCCAGUGGCAGUGCCAUGUGCCAGAAAGAUGAUGGAGAUGCGAGCGCUGGACUGGACGACGGUGGCCAUGGACCGAGCGGAAGUGGGAGCACUACUUCUACUGGGAAGAACCGACGACGAAGGACGGCCUUCACGAGUGAGCAACUGUUAGAACUGGAGAAGGAAUUUCAUUGUAAGAAGUACCUCUCUCUCACAGAACGCUCUCAGAUUGCGCACGCUUUAAAGCUCAGCGAGGUUCAGGUCAAAAUCUGGUUCCAGAACCGACGAGCCAAAUGGAAGCGAGUAAAAGCGGGAAACGUUAACUCAAAAAACGGAGAACCUUCCAGAAAUCCCAAAAUUGUGGUACCCAUCCCUGUGCACGUCAGCCGUUUUGCAAUACGAAGUCAGCACCAGCAGUUAGAGCAAGCGAGGCCUUGAUUUCACACGGGAUGCGGAGGACCAAAUAUUGAUAUAAGUUUAACUAAAUUAACAACUAUAGAGUACAAAGAAUAUGUAUGAAAACAAUGUUGGACUUCAAAUUAUUUCUACAGGCCUAUGUUUAUACCCGUGAGACAGACAUGUGGGCAGUAAAAUGAUGUGGAAUAAUUCUCCCUUAGGCCUGCCUGACUGAGACUUGGUAGAGGUACUACACAAUUAAGGUGUGUGAGCCGACUGAAAGGAAUCGGCUCCGGUGUUUGAUGAAAAUAUUUUGGGAAAGACUAAACUAUUUGGACCAAAAUAAUGGAUGCCAGGAGGCACUGUACAUUCCCAACAAAAAUAAUAGGCUAAACAUGGAUACUACUAUGGUUUUUUAGUUGUGUGCAGAGGCAGAAUUGUCUUGUUAAUGUAUUUUUGCAGACAUACCUGAGAAAACACAGACUUAUCUCAGCACUUUUUGUUGGUAUAGCACUGUAAAAAGAUUAAGAAAAAUUCCACACUCUACCCCAGACAUUCAGAUGUUCCCGCUGCAUAAAUACCAAUUAUGUGUUUUCAUUUACUUGAUAUUCACUAACUCUUAAAAAUUGAUUAUUGUUGCUUGAUUUUUUUUAAAACGUUUAUGAUUGUAUUUUUCCACACGUUAUAAAGCACGCUGCUAAUUUAUUUAAUAUUGUGUAAAAUGUUGCUAACAUUUCAUGAAUUAUUGACGCAAGACUUUUGUGUGGAUUAAAACUGGACCCCAUGAAG